GGCAGAGCAAAUAGCUACGCUGAAUGAGAAGAUCGGCCGAGAGGGCGGGAGUAAGUCAUAUUCAUCUCCUUCUCGAUGGGCAUUCAUUCGCCUUUUGCUUUCUCCUCCUACAAUUAAGGCUAUACACCUAGAAAUUGGGUUGUGCCAUUGCUUCUCUUUCUGUGCAAGCCAUGGUUGCAUCUAGACCUCUGUUUGCCCUUUUCUCGGAGGCGGAGGCCGUUAGUCUUGCAGGCGCUAACGGAUCGCAACAGAACCAACUUUGAGCGAGCAUAACCAACUGGACAGCCUUUACAGGCAGAUGGCGAAGUUGUGCGAGGAGGAAAGAGCUAUCCUCCAAGACGAGCCCAGUGAUGUGAUCAAGAACCUCGGUCUUUUGACAGCGCUUCGGCAGGCAUCAGAAGCCGAGGCGCCGCAGAACCGGGCUGCAUCUCUCUCCAAGUCACGGAAGAAGCGAAAUGAGAUGGACGGCUCGGCUACCGACUCGCCGGGUCCGUCCAAUAACUCCUUGUCGGACAAAGUCAGCCGCGUGAAGGGUGGCAUUCAGCGUAGUACCAGUGCAUCCAGCUCGCAGGCCCGCGAGGGCCGGGACCCCAUUGUACAAAUCAAGGUAGAAGAAGGAUCCGAGGGCGCGAAGGGCACGCUAGCCGAACGAAGCGGGCAUCUAGUGGUUGGGGCGGAAGUCGUCUUCAAGCACAACAAGAACAAGCAAGGUGUCGAAGGCGAGGGCAUUCAAUGCAUCAUCAAAGGGAUCUCCGGGGAUGGGCCCAAGAAACGGUAUGAUGUACAGGACCCGGAACCAAACGAAAACGGUGAACAGGGCGCGGUAUACAGAACCGCCGCAGCGUCGCUGAUUCCAAUACCUCGCAUCGGGUCUACGUUGCCCUCGUUUUCUCUUGGGAAACAAGUUCUAGCAAGAUAUCCAGACACUACCACUUUCUAUCGUGCCGAGGUUAUGGGUACUAAGAAGGAUGUCUAUCGCCUCAAGUUUGAGGGUGAGGAAGAUGAUAAGGAGAUGGAGGUUGACCGCCGCUUCGUUCUGGACAUUCCCGGAAAGUAAUGCAGCCGUCUCUGUACCUCUCCUACCAGGCCUUUGCUCUCGCUCAAGCCUCGAUAGAUGCCAAGCCAGAUGGAUUGGUUCUGAAGGGAAGUAGGAAGAGAAAGGGGAUAAGUCCGGAAUCGCCUCAGGUUUAUGGCGCGGGAAACAUUCUACGAUACUGCAAUCAGAGGAAGGGUGAAAUCGGCUGCCAGAUUGAUCGAUUACUUGAUACCCAUUGUUUAGCUAGGUUCUUUUUAUGAUUUGAUGGAGUUUUGUGACUUUGCACGGAGUUGGACUUGCUUUUCAUCUUCCAAUUUUUCAACCUGCUUCUUUUCCUUCUCUUUGUUACUUGGAAUAGGUGGUUCUGUAGCGGACAAAUGAUAUUGUGGACCAAAGGCAAAUGAACGAAGCGCAAUGCAG